CUGUGUUGGUUGACUGUGCCGACAGUUCCAUGUCCGUCAAACGUACUCACUGUACGAUGUUUUACGUGUUGUGAUCUUGUGUUAUGCGAUCAUACGAAGAAAAUAGUGUUCAAAGUUUCAUUGUCAGCUCCACUCAAAUCGGCCAUGUGAGCAGGACAAAAAUAUCUCCGGAAAUGGUGCAGCGGCUAGUAAGCCCGUGUCAAGUGACGUACCGUGCUAUUAUUGUGUGGUUUUUGUAGUACAUGGCGAAAGCUCACUGCACUCAGCGACGGUCAUCUUCGCGCCGACUCUACGUCCAGUCGUCCCUAUGACCAUUAGCCGGCACAGAAAAAUGAGACACCACAGAAACACCGUGGCGCCCUGCAGAGGGACGGCAACGAGGAGCAAGGGCCUGCUGCUGCAUGCUGGUCGCCCAUCAUGGCCAUGAGCUUGCCCCUGCAGCCCGUAGAAACGACCGCCAAUGGCCUCGGCUGCAACCGGCGCAGGUUCCUCUGCCGGGAGUGGGCGUUUGCCAAGCUGGCCCACUGCCUCGACCAGCGACCAGCAUCCAAAACAUGCGGUGCUCUUGUGGUUGGUGGGCCAGGCUGUGGCAAGACUGCCUUCUUCCAGGAGAUUGCACAGCCCACGGUGCCCGACCCGGAGGCGCACCAGCACGUGCUCAGCCGGCGCCUGCUGGCUCACCACUUUUGCCAGGCGCACGACACGCGCACCCUGGCCGUGGCCUCGUUUGUGCUGGGCCUGGUGCGCCAGCUGUGCCGGUGCGAGCAAGCAGGCCUGCUGAACGGCUACCAGGACCGACUGCGCGAUGCCGAAGCUUCACUCGAGCCUGUGGCAUGUGCACGAUGGCCUGAUGAGGCAUUUAAAAAGGCGGUAUUGUUUCCGCUGCUCGAGAUAGAGCCACCCGAGCAGCCCUGCCUGCUGCUCGUGGACUCGGUUGACGAGUCGCUCCUUGUCCAGGUGAAUACCUCUGGUGUGACAGGCAGUCAUCAGCACCAUCGGCACCACCACCACCACCACGAUGGUGGUGAACGAAGGCACCACUGUUUGCCCGAUGGUGGCAGAGGUAGCCGCACCAUUGCAGAGUUGCUGGCUGCCCACCAGCAGCUAUUUCCGCAGUGGCUCCUGCUGGUCUGCUCAGCACGCCGGCAGAGCAAGACCAUCACACGCAUGUUCACUGGCUUCAGAAAGAUCAGCCUGGAUGACCUUCGCAAGGCGUCCGUGGUACGUGACAUGCAGCAGUACAUCCUGGCCCGGCUGGAUGGUGAGGAGGCCCUGCGUCAGCAGCUGGGUGCCCGUGACACGGCCGAGGCCCUCAACCAGCUGCACAUCAAGAGCAAUGGCUGCCUGCUGUACCUCGAGUGUCUGCUCGAUGGUGUCGCCCAGCGGUGGGUGACGCUGCGUGAGAUACGACACAUUCCAGGCACCCUCAAUGGCCUCUACCUGUGGCUCUGCCAGCGCCUCUUCCAGCGGCGGCAGUUCUUGUGCGUGCAACCUGUUCUGCAUGUGCUACUGGCAGCUGCGCAACCACUGACGGCAGAAGAGCUGUUCCUGUGCCUGUGGACCCGCAACCAGCUGCUGACCCCUGAUGAGUUCGGUCGACGGUUGGCCCUGCUCUCGCGACUGCUUGUGGAGCGUGAGGACGGCUGCCUGCUGCUCUUCCACCACAGCUUUGCCGAGUGGCUGCUCGAUGUGAAGCACUGCACCCAGAAGUACCUCUGCCAGGCGGCUGAAGGACAUGCCAUGCUUGCCAUGAUGCAGACACUGCGAGGCCCACAGCUGCCGCCCACACAGGUGCAGGACUUGGCCCACCACUUGCUACGGCUGCCACCUUGUGAUGCUGUGGAGCCCCAGCACCUGACCCUGUGGCUUCUCUACUCAGGGGUGCCUCUGGAGUGCGCAUUCUGCCCAACUGUGGGCAGUGUGGUCAUCCCCAGGGACCCAGCCGUGCUCAGACUCCUGCUGGAAGCGGGUGCCCGACUUCCCACUGCCAGUGCGGCGGGAUCGGACGAAGGAGGCUCACCUGUGCCCUCAAUGCCUCCCGACCCUCUGGAUGCUUUGCUGGGUUCAGGGGCAUCGGUUGACGACGCGGAUGCCAACCAGCGGGCACUGUUGCACUCGGCUGCCUACGAAGGAGACGCUGCGAUGGUGGAGCGACUCCUGCAUGCCCAGGCUUCACUGGAAUUGGCCGACAGGAAUGGCCAAACACCGCUAAAUUUGGCUGCACGGCAAGGACAUGCAGAUGUGGUGGUUCUGCUUCUCAAGGCGGGGGCCAAUCCUGACCACGCCGACAACGAGGGCUGGACACCUCUGCGAUCGUCAGCAUGGGCGGGACAUGGACAGGUUGUGGAAGCCCUGCUUGAAAACAAGGCACAGGUGGACUUGGCAGAUGGUGAGCAACGGACGGCACUGCGUGCGGCAUCGUGGGGAGGCCAUGAAGAAGUUGUUGCGCAGCUUCUGGAGAAAGGGGCCGACGUCAAUCGUGCGGACCGUGAGGGCCGCACAGCCCUCAUUGCUGCUGCUUACAUGGGCCAUGCGGAGAUCGUGGAGCGCUUGCUUGAUGCUGGAGCUGAGGCCAACCACGCGGAUGGGGAUGGACGCACGGCGCUCUCGGUGGCUGCGCUGUGCGUACGUCCGUCCGAGGGCCACCUUGGUGUGGUGGCCCUGCUGUUGGAAAGGGGUGCCCACGUGGACCAUGUCGACAAUGAAGGCAUGACUCCUCUGCUGGUGGCAGCAUUCGAAGGUCAUCGGGAGGUCUGCGAGCUACUCUUGGAUGCUGAGGCCGACUUGGACCAUGCUGACCACAGUGGACGAACGCCCCUGUUUGCGGCUGCGUCCAUGGGCCAUGCGGACGUGGUGGGCCUGCUUCUCUUCUGGGGCGCCUAUGUGGACAGCAUUGAUGCCGAGGGACGAACGGUGCUCUCCAUUGCAGCUGCCCAAGGCAGUGUCGAGGUGGUGCAACAACUCCUCAACCGAGGGCUCGACGAACUGCACAGGGACAAUGCAGGCUGGACACCGCUGCACUAUGCUGCGCUGGAGGGUCAUGCCGAGGUUUGCACCCUGCUCAUGGAGGCCGGUGCCCAGGCCUCGGAAACGGACAAUGAGGGGCGCACACCGCUUAUCUUGGCAGCACAGGAAGGACACACACAGGCUGUGCGUGCCAUGCUGGACUUUGGAGGUCAUCCUCCAUCGCUGGUGGACCACAGGGCUCACGAUGGCCGCACCGCCUUUCGGGUGGCUGCCCUUGAGGGACACAAGGAAACUGUGCACGUCCUGCUGAGUUACAAUGCGGACGUCAACUACCAGGAUGCAGAUGGUCGCUCGACACUGUAUGUGCUUGCCUUGGAGGGUCGGGUAGACAUGGCAGACUACAUUUUGGCUCACGGAGCUGACCCUGAGAUUGGCGAUCUCGAAGGGCGCACACCACUGCACGUGGCUGCCUGGCAGGGCCAUGUCGACUUGGUUGAACUGCUGCUCAGCCGCGGAGCCGAUGUUGAUGCCGAGGACAGUGACCAACGCACUGCCCUGCAGUCGGCCGCCUGGCAGGGACAGGCACACGUGGUCAAGCUCCUGCUGGAGCGAGGGGCUCAGGUUGACCACAUCUGUGUGGAAGGUGCCACAGCCUUGGGCAUUGCCUCUCAGGAAGGCCACGAAGCGGUCGUGCGUGCCUUGCUUGAGCAUGGGGCUGAUCCUUCCCACGCCGACCAGUGUGGCCGAUCUCCGCUGCGCGUUGCGACCAAGGCAGGGCACCUCAAUGUUGUCCGACUGCUUGAAGAGUUUGGGCCGCUCAGCGCGGCCCUGGGGUCUGUCAGCACGUCGUCACUCGCCUCUGCAGCGUCCACUGCACCGUGUGCUGCCCCUCUCUUCUGCCCAGAGUCUCCUGAAUCUACCAGCGACAAACGCCGCUCUCUUGCAUCCACCCGCUCAGACUCCAAAUCGUCUAGCAACCGGACUGACUCGACGGCUCGCUCCCAACGCAAUGUUACUGCUGUCGCAGAGCCUGGAGCAGCCAGCCUCAGCUUCACCCAGCAAAUCCAGCAGUGCACACGUUCGCGGCACCGUGCAAGCCGGCUCCUUUCUCCCCUCAACAGUGAGGGUCGCGCGCCGUCCAGUCCUCAGAGCUGCAACUGGCUGCCAGCGGCAGUUGUGCCUCCGCGCCCACUGCCAGAUCUUCCUGCCGCGGAUGCACGGCCAAGGCGCAAUGGCAUUGUUACCAAUCCCAACUGCAAAGGAAACAAGCGUUGCGUGUCCGAUCAACUGCACAGCAAGGUAGUCAACUACAGGGAGGGAGUGAAGGGGCUUUCAGUGAAGAAAGAGACACCCCUGUAACUCGCAAAAUGCAUUAUUAUUCUGCACGGCAGUGCAGUAGGCGCAGAGGUGGUAUGCAGUGUGUCUUGUCAGGAUUAAGGGUCAACAGCCUGUUCUCUGUGGCACAUGUAGUGUACGAAUCGCUGCAGGGCUCUGCUGCAACAGCUUUGGGUGUAGCCCACCAUAGUUCUUUCCCAUGGAAAUGUGCGCUCGGUGCCUUUAUUUCAAGUUUGUUUGCGCCGGUGCUUCUUUGAGGGCCCCAGAACACUCUUGCUUUAUGAUCUGUCAUGAAGUUGCACUUUGUUGCUUUGCCAAGGUUUCCUGAACAGGUUGGAUAUCACCUUGCCCUUUGAGCUUGCGCUGUAAUCUUAAUAUAUAGUGAGCGGUUGUUCCUCCGCAUGAGCAGGCGUGGAUCGUUGAACGUCUCCUCAGAGACCUCAUCACCCAGGCCUUUCUUGAAGGAGUGCAUACAUACUUUUUAUUGUUCCUUUCUUUUUGCAACUCUUUGAAGCCUGGAGGACCGUAAGUAGUUUGCUGGUGGUGCAAAUGCGGGAGCACACACUGCACGUUGAUGUGACCCUCACUCCACUGGACCAGCUUCUGCAUCUUGAAAAAGCUAUUUAAGGGACUCUGCACUUUGGGGCUUCAAAUUAUCUUGUCCUUGGUUUGAGGUCUUGUUGGACCAUCGUUUAACGUUGGAAAUAUUGUGCCAGCACUACUGCAUCCCAAUUCAGUCAGAGCACAUAGAAAUUGCUUCAAUGCUUAUUCAAAGUGAAUAAUGACGGAAAGAGCUAUGAUAUGUAAUCAUUGCAUAUGGCCCCUUUGCAAAUAUAUUUCACAUGCUGGGUGCUCUUCUCGUUUACAACGCCUUCAUUUGCACUCAACUAUCUCUUAAGCAGGGUUGCACACUAUUUUGUUGCUGUAUAGAUUUUCCAUGAAGGGUGUUUUACUUAGUGCACCAUUAUUUUGUGAACUGAAGCAGGUUCUUGUGGCUGGGAAAGCCAUUCUCAUGCAGCCACCAAGUGGGAGCAAUGCUUUAACCCUUUCACUGCCAAUCCCGAGUGUACUCGUUUUGCCUCUUUAAAUCACUCCCUGCCUCUCGCGAGACAACUCUUGGUAAAGAAAAUAAAGUGGGCGUCUAUGGAGGGAACACAUAAGCAAGUACAAAAUUUUUUUACAUGCUUGCACACCUGCGUCGACUCGUGUCUCAGCAGCACAGCCAUGGCGUGUGCGCAUUAUUUGACAGAAGAAAUUCAGGAGCUCUUGAUCAGACUCUGAAUAAAAUGGAUAAUUAGUUAGCAGCUCUAAAUUGAUCGCUAAUUAGUUCAUUAUUUGUAAUUUUCUUGUAAUCCUUAAUUUGCUUGUAAUGAGUGCUACUUUUUAUUUGACGAGAUAAUCUGCAAUAAAAAUGUUUACAUAUCCUGAAGAACAUCCUACUGCAUUGCGCCCGGCAGUGAGAGGGUUAAGAAUUGCAUGUAGGUGGUAUCUUUCUGUGCUUGCCGUGUUUCAUGAAAUUGGAAGACCAGGUAUUAUAUAACUAGCAGUUAGAAUUAAUAUGGCAAUUUUUUCAUGCAAGAUUCUAUAUCGUUAAAAACAGCCUCAUGAACAAAUUAUUUAUGUGCAUAUUUUCAUCAAAUCAAAUUAUGAGCUCUGAGAACAUUAAAGGAUGCUGGCAGGGAUCAUGCAAUGUUUGUAAAUUGAGAUUCGUGAACAGCAAUAUUGACAAACAUACGUCAAACAACUUUUUUCAGUCUUAACCACAAAUGGGUAGCUUGACUGAACAAUGCAAGACCUAGUCACAAUGCUGUAAUGGGAAUUUGGGUUGUACACUUGGGCAAGCACUUUCUCCCAUGUUGGCUCAAGGCAAGGCACGUUUGAUAAAUGACUCACGGACAGUAUUAAGUACCUUAGACGCCCUGAAUUUAUCACCCUAUGCACGCAAGUCAUUGGACAAGCACUGCAAAGUACAUUGUGUGUUGAGCCAAUCUGCUCUGUGCAUGGCAGAAUAAUCGUUGCGUGAUGCGUCUAGUCAGCUCUCCUACAUGGUCAUUGAAGCAGCAGUGGAAAGAUGUCUCCAGGCAGUUGUACAGAACCAAGCAAUAGUUUGGACCAAAUAGAGAUUGGGCAAUACAAGUUUCUGUUGCCAGAGGUAUUGCAAGUUACACCGAGCUGCGAGUUUUAUUUUUGCAGACGGCCCACGUUGCCCCGUGUUGAUGCGACAAUCGUGGGACUCCACCAGUGAAUCGAGUCUGCUGGAAAAAUGGCUUUUAGACUUUGAGGUUGCAGUAAUCGCCUAGUAAUAGCCUGAAGAACAGCCUGAAGUGUCCCAAUAGGAGUAAAGGUAAGACUAUGUUUGUGGGAACGCAGAAAGAUGGUGGAUUGCACUCCAGCUGGGUAUCACAUUGUUAUGAGCAAAUGCUUGCUCUCGUAGCUUUGUGCUUUCAUUGUUGAAUGGGUGCAUGUGAAAAGCUUUCAUGUAGCCCAGGUUUUAAAACAUUGCUUGUGCAGCGGACUUAGUUUUGAGAAAUAAAAAUGCUUGUAAGAA